GCUAGGUGGGAGAUGAAGACGAUCAGCAUUAUGUUGGCGGUGGUGGUCGAACUGCUGAUCGGAGCGUCGCCGGCGAAUGCAUUUUAUCUCCCCGGCGUUGCGCCGCGUGAUUUCCGUGCGGGUGAAGUUCUUGAAGUUAAAGUGAACAAACUUUUCUCAACAAAGACACAAUUGCCAUAUGAUUACUAUUUCUUAAGUUAUUGCAAACCUCCAAAGAUUAGUAACAGAGCCGAAAACUUAGGAGAAGUUCUUCGCGGUGAUCGGAUCGAGAAUUCCGUGUAUAGUUUUCGAAUGAGAGAACCACAAUCGUGUAAAGUAGCAUGCAGAGUGGAACUAACUGAAGCAUCUGCUAAGAACUUUCGAAAGAAGAUCAACGAUGAUUAUCGCGUCAAUAUGAUUUUGGACAAUCUUCCUGUUGCAGUUGUUUGGCGAAGUAAGGAUGGAAGUGAACGGAAAAUUUACGAACGAGGAUUCCCGGUUGGAUUUAAAGGGAAAUUUUCCGGAAGCAAAGACCAGAGAUAUUUUAUAUACAACCAUCUUAACUUCAAAGUUAAAUAUCACCCCGAUCCCGAUGCCGAUACUUCUCGUGUUGUCGGUUUUGAGGUCACUCCUCUAAGCAUAAAUCACCGUUACAAGAAAUGGAAUGAAAACAGCACGAAGUUAUUAACGUGCAAUGCCAACAACAAACAAGUACUUCAACCGGGUUUACUUUCUCAAGAAAUCAACUCAAACAAGGAGAUAGUAUUCACCUACGAUGUUUCCUUCGAGUCAAGUGAUAUCCGAUGGGCAUCAAGAUGGGACACAUAUCUCCUAAUGAACGACGACCAAAUCCACUGGUUCUCGAUCAUAAAUUCCUUAAUGAUUGUCCUUUUCUUAUCGGGCAUGGUAGCUAUGAUAAUGAUGAGAACCCUUUAUCGAGACAUAGCCAAUUACAACCAAUUGGACCAAGAAGAGGUCCAGGAAGAAACGGGGUGGAAAUUAGUCCACGCAGACAUUUUCAGACCGCCCACAAACACCAGCCUUCUCUGUGUCUACGUAGGGACAGGUGUCCAAGUCUUCGGCAUGACAUUUGUCACCAUGAUAUUCGCCAUGCUCGGUUUUCUCUCCCCUUCUAACCGAGGCGGUUUAAUGACGGUCAUGGUUUUCUUGUGGACAUUCAUGGGCUUAUUCGCGGGUUACUCGUCGAGUUAUCUUUACAAAACAUUCAACGGCAAAGAUUGGAAAAGGGUUUCUUUAAAAACGGCACUCACAUUCCCUUCGGUACUUUUCAUCGUCUUUUUUGUGCUGAACACUCUCAUAUGGGGGGAGAAAUCAUCCGGUGCAGUUCCUUUUAGUACAAUGUUCGCACUAGUACUAUUAUGGUUCGGUAUUUCGUUACCGUUGGUUUUCUUAGGUAGCUUCUUGGGAGCGAAAACCCCCGUGUCGGAGAAUCCGGUUAAAACGAAUAAAAUUCCUAGGCCGAUUCCGAUUCAGCCAUGGUACAUUCAUCCGUUAUUCGCGAUGCUUUUCGGUGGGGUUUUGCCAUACGGGGCGGUGUUUGUGGAGCUUUUCUUUAUACUGACUUCGGUUUGGCUGAACCAGUUUUAUUACAUAUUCGGAUUCCUUUUCGUGGUGUUUGUGAUUCUUUUGGUGACGUGUGCGGAGAUUACUAUCGUGCUUUGCUAUUUCCAGCUGUGUAAUGAGGAUUACAGGUGGUGGUGGAGGGCUUACUUGACUUCUGGUGCUUCGGCUUUGUACCUAUUCAUGUACGCGGUUUUCUACUUCUGCACGAAGCUGGAAAUUACGAAAAUGGUGUCGGGGGUCAUGUACUUCGGGUACAUGUUUGUUAUUGCGUACGCGUUUUUUAUACUCACAGGGACGACUGGUUUCUGUGCUUGUUUCUGGUUUGUGAGGAAGAUUUACUCGUCCGUCAAGAUCGAUUAGUUAAGGACGAGGAUUUACGAUUUUCCUCGUAAGAACGAGGGUGAUAAGAGUUCAUAGUUGAUAUCUUGAUGUACGGCUUAAACUGUAAUUUUUAUUUUUGGUGGUUAAAAAUGUGUUACUGUAGUUGAUGAAAUGAAACUGCAGCUGUUUUUUA